CAAGAUACGCAAUCAUGAAACAGACGGAUACUGACCCCACAAACAAAUCAGCCAUGGAAAUAAACACUAAACCACCAGAGGAGAAAACUACCAACGAACUACCAUUAAAGCAAAAAACAACGAGUUGUCGAGGAGUCAAGGUUUUCAUUGCUGCCCUGGCAUUUUCAUACUUUAGUAAAGCAUUUGGUGGGACCACGAUGAAAAGUUCCUUCACGCAACUGGAAAGGAGAUUUGGCAUUGCUUCUUCUACUGCUGGCUUCAUUGAUGGAGGCUUUGAAAUGGGAAAUUUGUUGGUGAUUACCUUUGUGAGUUACUUCGGGGCAAGAUGUCAUCGGCCAAAGAUCAUCGCCAUUGGUUGCUUUAUCAUGUCUUUGGGGUGCUUUUUAAUGGCAUUGCCUCAUUUCUUCAUGGGAUAUUAUCAGUAUGACACAAUAUCCUUCACACCAAACAACAUCUCCAGUUUCUCCCCCUGCAUAUUAAAUCCCCAGGAUACGCCCAAGAUAAAAGAGUCAGACUGUGCCCAUAAAAUUGUUACAUCUUACGCAUGGAUUUUCGUCUUGCUGGGGAAUAUGCUACGUGGAAUUGGAGAAACCCCAAUUACUCCCCUGGGCAUAUCGUACCUCGAUGAUUUUUCUAAAGAAGAAGAUGUUCCUCUAUAUAUCAGCUUUUUGCACACCUCAGCCAUGCUUGGCCCAAUAUCUGGUUUCCUCCUGGGAUCUGUGUUUGCCAGACUCUACGUGGAUGUUGGUUUUGUGGACAUGGAUACAAUAACUAUCAGUCCAACUGAUUCGCGUUGGGUUGGUGCAUGGUGGAUGAACUUUUUAGUUGCUGGGGUCAUCAUUCUGAUUUCCGGAAUCCCUUUCUUGUUCCUGCCUAAAAGUCUGGACAAAAAGGAGGAUGCCUGUAUCCAGAAAAACCUGGAUCCCAUGGAAAGCAGCAAUGAAAAUAGCCAUGGACAGAAGCCUGAUAUUCAAGGUGGAAUGGCAAACUCUGGACAAUUAAAAGCUGUUGCCGUUUUGCCAGUGGUCCUUCUCGGGAUGUUUUUAGGUGGCUUCAUCAUGAAAAAGUACAAGCUAGGAAUCCUUUCUGCUACAAAAAUGGGAUACACAGCAUCAUUCAUUGGAUUUCCCUUCAUAUUUCUGUGUGUAAUGCUGGGUUGUGACAACCACCCAGUGGCUGGAUUGACAGUGACCUAUGAUGGGAACACAGCUGCUCAGAACCCGCUUUCCUUAUCUUCAGCCUGCAAUUCCAACUGCACCUGUGCUACAAGCCAGUGGGAUCCUGUUUGUGGGGAGAACGGACUCACAUAUGUGUCAGCCUGUUUUGCUGGUUGCAAAAACAUAACCAGAUUGAAGAAAAAAAUAGUUUUUCACAACUGUAGUUGCAUUGAGCAAGAUGAUGCUGCAUUGAAGAAUUCUUCAGCGGUGUUGGGUGAAUGCCGAAGAAGUGAUGAGUGUUCAAAAAAUUUUAUUUUUUACAUCAUUGUCAAAGGUGUGAGCUCCUUUAUGUACUCACUGAGUGGUGUUCCUAUGUACAUACUCCUUAUCAGAUCUGUACCUCAAGACCUGAAGUCACUUGCAGUCGGAUUCAUGAUGCUUGUGAUAAGAUCAUUGGCUGGAAUUCCAGCCCCAGUUUACUUUGGUGCAGUGAUUGAUAAUACUUGCUUGAAGUGGGGCAGUAACCCUUGUGGCCAAAAAGGAUCUUGUAGGAUAUAUGAUGCAAUACAAUACAGGUAUUCCUUCUACGGUCUAAUAAGUGCCUUGAAAGUGCCAUCUUUUCUGCUGGGUUUCAUCUUUUACAUGCUUGUGAAGAAAAACCUUAAAAAACAAGAGGCCGAGAAAGCUGAAAAUGGAUGCAAAGAAGGUGCACCACUGAAUGAAGAGAUAAAACUAACGGAUACCAAACUUCCAGCCCAUCGUUCAGAGGCAGACGUGAAUACCUGCCUCUAGCAAAAUGAACCGAGCAUGGACUGUGGGUAGAAGAUGAAGGACUAUAAAAAGCUGCCAAAAUGUUCCUUGUAACUCUUAGAAUCCCCGCUGGCUGUAGCUGCUAAAAAAGGGUGGCAUUGCUUCCUGUCACUUUUGAGUGGGAAAGUUGCCCCAUUAAAGCAAAAUCAGUAUUCCUUUGGCAUUCCAAGCAAAAAAAGUGUUUACUCCCACUCUUUUGCAAAGCAAAACUCUGAAAGGCAAAGGAACUCCCAUCUUGUGAGGUCUUGUCAAAAAGAAAAAGAACACACAUGAUCAUUAGUUGCACGGAAGUAAAAACAAAACAUUGAAUUCUGGAACUGAUACAAAGAAUAAUUUAAAUCCAACACCUCAAAUUUUGUAAGAUUUCUAGGUACCUGUGAUGUCUUAAUUGAUUAUGUGGUUCCUCUCCAAAAAUAAAGGUCUAGUACCAUUUUACAGGGGGUGGGGGUUGGGCAGAGAAAGAAAGGAAGGAAGGAAGAAAAAGGAAGAAACAGGAAGAAAGGAAGGAUGAAAGA